AUGUGGCUGCCUUGGCCGGCUGCUUGGGUGAUGCUUCAUUGCACCUAUGAGGCUGUCUGGACUGGUGGUGUUUGGCUGCAGGAAUGCUACCCCUUCAUGGCUAAGGACAUUUUCGUCUUUCAAGGCUUCCCAGGCCAGCCUCCUAUUGGAGCAGAAGAUCUCCGAGUGCUCUGGUUCAGAGCCACUGCAGGACAAUCCUUUCCUGAAAUCAUUUACACUCAUCAGAACAGCAGCAGCCGUCAGUGUGAGAUCAGCUCUUCUACACACAGCUCUGUGUACAACUUCUCCAAGAACAUCCUCGACCACCACCAUACUGGAGCUUACUACUGUGCUGUGGCUGCUUGUGGGAAGAUCCUUUUUAGCAAUGGAGCAUUAGUACAACUGAAGGGUCUUGUGAAUCCCACUGUGUUCUAUCUGGGAGCAGCUUUGGGAAUCUGUGUGAUUGUGAUCUGUGCUCAGGCCAUUCAAAACUGCAGUGUGAGAGAUCAUGAUUCGGUGGUGGAGAACAAACCCAGUCAGGACUCUGCUGCUGUGGAGCUGAAUUAUGCAGCCAAAAGUCUGAGAAUGAAGAGUGGACGCUCUGGAGACAGUGUUUACUCUGAAGUCAGAUACUUCUCAGUUACUGACCCCAACAAUCACUGACUCACUGGACUCUCUUCUCUUGUAGCAGCAGAAGUGAAGUUUGUUGAUAUUUUCUGUUACUGUCAGCUUUGUAAUCUGUAUCUGUUUAUUUGUGUUUGUGCUGAUUUCAGUCAGGAUCUACAAUCAUGUGCUUCACUUUGCUCUGUGCUCAAAACUGCAUGACUGAAAAAUAAAACAGUCUAAUUUGGUAUGAAGUGUCAGUUCCCUGAAGGAGCAAGAACACAGUUUUAGAGUGUGUGGUCACUCACACGUCUCAUGUUUGACAAACACUUAUGAGCUCAGAUGGUGUCUGAUAUUGUUUGCUCUCAAUGGAAAUGUAGGGGACAUGUUUCAGGUUGUAGUGAGAACAGAUCUACAUGCACAGUUACUGUUUAUUUACUGAAUUUAACAUAUUGG